ACGUGCUCCCGGCUCAUCUGUGUGUGCCUGGGGGGUGAGCGUGUAGCUGGAGGGCUUUCCUCUUGGAAAGUUGGGGAUUAAUGACACGUUAAGCCCUCUCCAAGGGACUGGACUGAAAAGGAAAAAAAAAAAAUCAAAACACGCAGGCAGGCUGAUGUCUUUUCCUGCAAAGUUUAGUACUUCAAAAGUUAACUUCUAAGGAACUGCAGAUGUAUGGAUAAAGCCUCUCUUGGACAAUAUGCAGCAGCCCUCACCUUCCCACCAGCAUCUCCAGCUUGUUGCCUUCCUCUGCUGGAUUCCCGUGUUGCCCAUUAGCACGGAGUCUGCUCCACUAGCUCCCGAGUGCUCCCCGGAGGGCCACCGCGUCCUCCGCAACCCCUACCGCAGCACCAGGUUUGACUCGCUGGACCUGCAGCGAACGGCGAUCCAGGACCUGGUUUGCGAUCACUCCCUGCCCCACGGCUGGUACCGCUUCAUGAUCCACAACAGGCCUGCAGAAAUGCCAACAAAAUGUAUAGAAAUGAACAAAUGUGGGACACAAGCUCCGGUGUGGCUGUCGCUGAAAUCCGAAUCCCUCCCCGUUCCUGGAGAAAGCAAGCAGCUCACAGCCUGUGCCACGUGGCAGUUCUUCUUUGGCAGCGCCAAGGACUGCUGCUUGUUUCGCAUACCCAUCGCCGUCCGAAACUGCGGCGCAUUCUUUGUUUAUCUCUUACAGCCUACUCAAGGAUGUAUGGGCUACUGCGCUGAAGACAAACCCAUGAGCCUGGCUUUGCAACCAGUGAUAACUCCUGAGCUUGCGCAAAAUCGUGCCCACCUUAGAUGCAGUUACAACCACCCUUCCUCAAACCAGCCGCUCCACUACGAGGUGGUCUGGUCACGCCUUUCCACCUCUGGCACGAAAGAAGAGAUCCAUCGUGACACCACUCAGCAGUCGUUCUCCUACGUAGAGAUGAAUGGCGUUAAUCUCAGACUGGGAGACACGGUCUUUUGCACUGUCACUGCUUUUAUGAAGGACACUCCUGAUCAGCAGUCAUUACCCGAAGAAAGCAGUGGAUUCUAUGCAGGGAUUAAGUUUUUACCAGAAUCAUUACAAAUUGCAGAGGAUGGCAAAGAGCACGUUUUGACCAUUCUGAGUACAGUACCUAUUACCUGUUCGGGGCAUGACGAUUCCUGCAAAAUUACUUUUCAGCUAAGUACUGAGGAUUUGGAUAGUCGGUUCCUGGGGCCCCCAAACAUAGCCCUUUCAGCAUGCCAGGUGGAUCUGCUGCAGAUGCCCUGCACGGAAAGCAGCUGCGCAGCAGCCGCGCUGACGGUGACAGCUGUGACAGACUUUGCGCAGGAUGGGAACCGCGUCGCUCACAUCAGAGCGAAGCCAGCCAAAUGGAGCGAACUGCUCUGGAGGGCUUACACACCAAAGGAUGUAAAGGUCACAGUUCAAGACCUCCCAACAGGGAACUGCUACUCUUUCACUGAUCCACACAUUAUCACAUUUGAUGGAUGGCGUUACGAUAAUUAUAAAAUCGGCACCUUCCUUUUGUGCCAGAGCCUGUCGCGGGUGUUUGAAGUGCAUGUUCGGCAGUGGGACUGUGGAAGCCAGCGCUCUGCCACAGCCUGCAACUGCGGCGUAGCUGCACGAGAGGGGAAUGACAUUGUUGUGCUGGAUAUGUGCAACGGUCAUUUUCGGGAAACCAAACCACAGCUAGCCAUCAAAAGCCCUGACGCAUCGCCACAUGUCAAAAUCCUAAAGUCCUAUGGAGGGAGAAAAAUAACAAUCAUGUUCCCUUCAGGAGCAUUUGUUCGCGCUGAUGUAAGCGAGUGGGGAAUGAGUUUGACAGUGAGGACGCCGAGCAGCGACUUUAACAGCACCCAAGGUUUGUGUGGCAUCUUUGAUGGGAACGGCCGUAAUGACUUCCACCGUGCCGGCAGGCGGCCUUUGCUCCUGCAGCAGAGCAACAUGCCUGAGGAAGACUUCAUAGAAGAGUGGAGAAUACCUCCAGGGAAGAGUUUAUUCGACAAGGCUCCAGCAGCUUCUGACGGGAAGCACAGGAAAAAGUACUGCAGAUGUCAGAAGGUGAACACUAAGUCUCUGCACUCGGUAAACACACUGAACACCUUUCAGAAUUCUUUCCCUCAGUCUUUUGGUUGCCACUAUGAAAAUGUGGAUUAUACUUCGGCAAUCCCAUAUCUAGAUGUUACAUCAGAAUUUGUCUCUCACCCAGAGAAAGAAUCUACUUUAAGAAAUAGGAAACUGUUGGCCAAGUCCUUUCAUCAGAGGUAUCUGCCAAAAUCAGUCAAAAAGCCACGUAGCCCCGGGGACCAAUUAAAGCCACUCACACACAUUUCCAUGAAAAGCCGGAAAUACAACAGUUUCAUUAACUUUACUAAACCAGCAGAAGAACUACAGAGAGCAAAAAGGCAAGAAGACUAUUACGAAUACUCAUCGUUUUAUCCUUUGCAAAGCCCAAGCCAAACAGACUCAGAAAGCUUUGCGUAUUUUUUCCCAGAGGACUACUUUGAAGGGAUUCGGACAAAACUUCCACCGGCAUGGCCUACUCCUAAUGGCCUAACCUCUGCCAAAGCUCUGGAGAUUUGCCACCAGAUUCUUGCAAAUUCCACCAUUGGCUUAGCGUGUAAAGCUGUCCUUGGCAAGCAAAUGGAUGAGGCAAUUGACAUGUGUCUUUCAGAUUUGCAACUCAAGGAUGAUGUGGCCUGGGUGACUGCACUGAUAGCACUUUUGGAAAAUGAAUGUGAAAGAAGAGUGCUAGAAAACAAAAGUAAACUGUUUCAUGUAGGAAACCAGCCAUCUGCUAGCCAGGAAGAAAUCCUCACCAUUCUCCGGUGUCCUGCUUUCUGUAAUGGCAAUGGACAAUGUACAGAAUUGGGCUGCGAGUGCUUUGAAGACCACAGCUCUUAUGAUUGUAGCGUUGCCAAAAAGCACACUUUGGAAAUCACAGGCUUAGAGAAUGGGGGCCUCUGCGAUAUACGAGUCUCUGACUGUAGCAGGAUCCGGGUGUUUGGCCUCGGCUUCAAAGAUUCUCACAACCUGCACUGCAAGGUCACCAGAUUAAUUCAUCUCAAUGGUGAAUGGAUAUCAAGAGAGCAAGAAAGCACAAAAGGGGAUUUUCUCAGCUCUAAGGCUGUUGACUGCCAGAUUCCUCUUCUGAACAUUACAGAGACGGAGGCUGUGCACUUUGUGGCUGGUGAUGAGCCGCUCGCAAGAUGGCAAGUGAAAAUCACUAAUGAUGGCUUCCAGUACAGUAAUUCCAAAGUUCUGACCCUGUAUGAUGCAGUCUGCCAGGCCUGUGAAUUCCAUCCAACUGGACUUUGUAAAUUAAAGGAAAAUACUUGUAAUAUAGAUGGACUGUGCUAUGGUGAAAGAGAGUCAAGCCCUACCAGUCCUUGUCUUCUCUGUGAACCUGACAUUUCUAAGUUCGCCUGGUCUAUUAAUGAAAACAACCUGCCUCCUGUGCUCCAAGCUCCCUCCAGCCAGCUGCUGACGUUUAUUGGUGAGAAUUUUGUUUACCAGCUAAUGGCAGUGGAUCCAGAAGGGUCAGCUGUACUAUUCAUCUUAGAGGCUGGGCCACAGGAUACCAGGCUCUCUCCUGCUGGCCUUCUCAUCUGGAAAGUUGAUUCAGAAGAAAUGCAGACCUUUGAAUUCACUGUGUCAGAUGAAUGCAAUGCACAGAGCAGAUACUCUAUUGAGGUUCUAGUGAAGCCUUGCAGCUGCAUCAAUGGGGGAACGUGUGUUACCAAUAUCAAAUUCCCUCCAGGCCUUGGUGAAUAUCUGUGCUUAUGUCCAAAUGGAUUUGAUGGAGAAUUUUGCCAGGAAGAUAUUAAUGACUGCAAAUCAAACCCCUGUGGAAGUGGAAUGUGUGUGGACAGUGUGGACAGCUACAUUUGUAAAUGUCCCCCUGGUUUGGAAGGGCUUACUUGUCAGGAAGACAGGAAUGAAUGUGAAGAGAAUCUUUGUUUUCCUGGAGUGUCUUGUCUGAACACCUUUGGAUCAUAUAUAUGUGGAAUUUGCCCCCCUGGGAUGGAGGGAAAUGGUAAAACUUGCAAAUCUGUGCUUGCUGCUGACAUUACAGAAGAGUCCAUCAUUGACAAUAACAAUGGCAAAGGUGAUUUGAACACAACUGAGGUCGAAUGGCCUGUGCAACCCUUAGAGGCAAAGAAUUCUCCUGCAAUUAAGAACAUUAACAUAAGUGAUACACAUGGCCACACAGCACCUCUGUCAUAUAUUACCACCUGUGCCAAUAGGCCAUGUUUCCCUGGAGUAUUAUGUUUUGAUCGGAAACCACCUUACCUUGGAUACUUCUGUGGCCGAUGUCCAGCAGGGUUUUUUGGAAAUGGCCGAGUCUGUACCAAAGUCCCCAGACCAGUUUCAAGAUCUUCCCAAAGCCAUUUGGAUAUUGCUGGAAGAAACAGUGAUGGUGCUACAGGUUCUCACCAGGAAGAUGCUUUACAGAUACCAAGAAAUAAUUAUUCCUUUCUUUCCCAAACCCAAAUUCCAAGACAAGAAACCACAUAUCUUCUGGGAAGAAACCCCACAGUCAUUAGCACUCCAUCCUUUACAAUGAAAAGGAAGUUUUCCCAGGCUGAGACAUCAUCAGCAAAAAAAAGUGAUAUGGAGUCCAUAUUACCUGAGAAACAGCCUUUUCUUGAAAAAGUAAAAAUUAGUAGUGAUACACACACUUUUCUUCCACACGAGGAACCAGAACCCAAAGCAGCAACUGUCAGUAUGAUCACCCAUAUCCCUCUUCAUUUUAAACAAAAUAAACCAGGUAUAAUACGGACUGUCUCUUCUCAUCUCAAGACAAAUGCAAGUUCAUUCUUUACAAGGCUGCAUGCUGUUCAGCGAAUUCGUUCCAAAUACGGCUAUUCUCCUAGGAAGUGGCUCAGCAGAGUCACAAUCUCAAAAUCUGAACCAUCCCAAGAUUUCAGAACAGAGCAGCAAAGAACAUCUCCCCUGGCAUCACGCCUUACUUCCUCGUUUCAUUUAACAGGUUAUUCUUUCGAUACAGCUCCCUUGAGUGCUAACCUCCCAUUUGGGCCUGUUUUCCAAGCAAGGCUUCCAGCACAGACCACAGCAAUCAGAAAAGCACAAAGCAUAGCAAGAGAUCAUCUGGAACUACCAAAAACCAUCAGUGGGACACAACAUCAGAAAGUCAUUUGCGCAAAUAUGCUGUGCUUCACUGGCGUGCAGUGUGAGCCAGCCAAAGAUGGAGGAUUUAAAUGCGGGCCUUGUCCUACUGGAUACACUGGUAAUGGAACUAUAUGUGAAGUGCUGUGUGAUCCACCAUGUGAGCAUGGAGGAACCUGUGUAUCUCAAAAUACUUGUUCUUGUGCCUAUGGAUUUGUUGGUCCUCGAUGUGAAACAAUGGUUUGUAACAGGCACUGUCACAACGGUGGGAUCUGUGUGUCACCAGAUGAGUGCAAAUGCAAAAAUGGAUGGAGCAGCCCAUCUUGCGAAACGGCUGUGUGCAAUCCUGUGUGUUUAAAUGGAGGAAUCUGUGUACGGCCAAAUACGUGCAUGUGUCCUUAUGGAUUUUACGGACCACAGUGCCAGAGAGCUGUUUGCAUUCCUCCUUGUAAGAACGGUGCUCACUGUGUUCGAACCAACGUGUGCUCCUGUACUGAGGGUUACAUGGGCAGAAGGUGCCAGAAAAGUGUCUGUGAUCCCAUGUGCAUGAAUGGAGGGAAAUGUGUAAGCCCAAAUGUCUGUGACUGCCCAUCCGGUUGGAAGGGAAAGUACUGUAACAAACCUGUUUGCCUGCAGAAAUGUCUGAAUGGUGGAGAAUGCAUAGGUCCAAACAUCUGCGAGUGCUCCGAAGGAUGGACAGGAAUGCUGUGCCAGACUCCACUUUGUGAGCAAAAAUGUCUAUUUGGAAGCAGGUGCAUAAGACCAAAUGUCUGUGCUUGCAGAAGCGGCUACACUGGUUCAGCAUGUGGAAAAAAGCUCCCAAUAGGAUGAAGAUAACAUAACAGCAGGACAAUGAAGACAAUCAUUUGGGUAUUGGUAAUCUGGCACUCUGCACAUUUUUCGUUUGGGAAGAUGCAGUGUGAAGAAAUUGCUAAUCUUCUCCUUUCUACCCUCACAUAAUCACACAGAAGAAUAAAAAUACCUUACCAUACAUCAAGAAACCUACCUUUAUUUCUGAAAUUGUCUGGCAUGGCAAGGCUCAAAUUCAUGUUUUGUAGCUGUAGUUACACCAUCACCAUUGACUGCACCUGACAACAGCAAAAUUUUAAAAUGAUACAGACUAUUUUAUAAAGAUUUGAGUGCCAUGUUAUUCUGCUUUCAUUAAAAUUUGGAAGGCACAGAUAAAUUGCCUCAUUUCUUCUCAUUUUUUAAAGAAGUGUACUUAACCACAAUCCAGAGAAAAGUGAAUAAAUAAGAACCUGCUUGUACUGAGGAAUUUCAGAGACUACUGAGGGAAAGACCUCAAUAAUGUUUAAUUAACACUAGCUCCACUCUGUAGUAUCAUUGAGCUAACUGAGUAACUGAACAACUGCUAAAGCCAAAUGCUUUAGUUUUCUAAGUUGAUAAUGCGUCAGCAAUUAUUUAAGAUACUGGAUUUUUCCCCAGUGCUCUGAAUUGGGGAGGUGUGGAUAUCUUAUCUGUUGAAAAGUUGGCAUUUAGUUGCAUCUACUCCGAGUUCUCCUUUACUCUCUGUAAUGAUUAUAGAUUGGCCAUGAGUGAGUCAACAAGCUUAACAAGACCCCAUGUAGCCAUGAUACUUUAAUCCCUGGAAUAAUUUUAUAAAAUUAAUUAGCUUUUUAAUCACAUGCUUAGUGAAACACUGGAAAAUCUAGGUGCUCUCAAAAAUUUCUUAAUCUGAAAAUUCAGGUUUACAGAAAUCUACCCUCAUCUCACAUAUCAGUGGCUAAAAGACAAGCAGCUUGUAAGCUCCAACUAUUUCAGCACACAAACUGGUACUGACAUAGGAUGGAAUAACAGCAGGAAACUCAGGGGGGAGAAGAGGAAGGACUGCAGGAAGAGAAUAAGGAACCCAAUUAUAAGUUCACUCGGAAAUAAUCGUUUUAAACUGUCACCUCGGACAACUUUCACGUUCAGUAAGGUAAAUCGCAAACCAUAGUUUGGGCAUUCACACUGUCUUUUCAUUUGUCUUACUGAAAGAUUCAGAGCAGCUACAGAUCAAAACCAGAGUGCCUUGACAGAGGAAUGCACAGAAGUUUUGACAUUUCCUCGCUCUUUGAGAAGUAACAGAAAGGGAAUAAUCAUACAACUAAGGAUUUUUUCAUUGAACCUUCAGGGUUGCAAUAGUAACUAGGUGUAAAAUUUGAUCUGACCCUUACUGUCAAUUUAUAAGAAUAAAAGACACUUACUGUGAGACCUUUGAAUACUGCAAAUUAAGUGUUGAAAAAGCCUGGAAAAACUGUUGGUACUACAACUUACAGAAACAUUCCUCCUCCCUUUUCCCUAACUCCUAAUAGUAUCAGAUAUUUUUUUCUUUCCACAACUAACUUUGUAUAUAGCAAGAGGCUUUUAAUUGUAUCAAUUCUGUUUUCCAAUAAAUGAUUUUCUAUUCCUUA